GCAUUUCAAUAAGACAUAUUGACUUUUUAAAAUAUAUUUGAUAAGAACAGAAUGCGUAGUUACUAAGGAAAUGCAAAAUUUUAUACGACGUAUGGUGCAGUAAUUAACUGGCUGGUAAAUCUUUGUUAAUAAUGUCAGUGUUUCCUGUAGAGGAGUGGCGCGGCUGUUACCGGCCUGACCUCGCCUACUCGAUCCUGCGACUACUUAAAAUGACUCACAUCCCUCUCCCGUACAACUAAACUACACAAGAUGGACGCAACAGACACUGCUGUCAGUAUAACAAACAACCAGCCAACAACCAUGCAUAUUAUAAUAGAAAACCAACCGUCAGAGGACACUAAAAGCAGAUUUAUCAUACAACCAAUAUCCAGUAUACAAAAAGAACAAUGUCAAUCAAAAUCAUCCCAAAUCGAUGCAAAGAUCUCGAUUCAAGCUUCGACUGGAUUUCAAACGCAUCACGACAGAUUAGUCGCAACAUAUCAGAUCGCACAUUGUAAUGUUAUCUCAGCAUCAGCUUCCGCUGCUCCCACAGAGUAUCCUGUACAAGAAGCACAAACAGGUUCGUUUCGUAAGAGUCGUGUGGCCCAAGUCGCGGAUUCGUUCGCACAAUCUUUACGCAAAUAUCCACGAGCUCUGCCGGAGUUUGCGCGCUCAUCAGAAGUCAUAGAGCGAUUGUUAUCUUCCACGCUAGCUAAACGACUCAGUAAAUCGAAAAAGAGUCAUACGAAACGUAACAAGAAAUGUCAUCACGAGGUCCCCUGCCUCAGGAAACUUCACCUAUACCCGCAACGCCAGAGAAUCCCAUGCGACUGCAGCAAGAAGGCCGCACAAGUUGCGAUGAACGUUCAGCCUACUACCUCAGGGAUGUCCACUCCGAAGAAACAAUUAACGGAUUUUGGGUUAAGAGAGAUGUCGCGGCUGCAGCGCUUGGGAAGGGGCGCAGAAGUUCGCUACUUGAAUGACGUGAGGAAAUGCAUCCGUGACGCCAUCAAACAUGUCUGGGACAACGAUGCCAUGGUAUGUCCAGAAAUCGAGCGACGGUUCCUGCAGCAUCAGAAAGAAUAUCACAAUGCCAACAACGAUAUGGCUUGCGAGACAUUUUGCAUCGGUGCAAAAAGUCCACAAAAAGGGUUGACAAACACCCAAACAGAGCCGGAGAAACCACAAAAAAAUGAAGAAGCUUGCAAAUAUUGUCACAAAUGUAAAAAAAUCAUACCAUGCGAAUGCCCAAAGCCGUUAAUAAAAGAUUCUCCAACAAACUUAGGCUCAAAAGUUGGUAAAUGUUGCGAUCGAAGUACCAGCCUUGAAAACCAUAUGAAUACUUCAUCUUGCUGUCAUUUAUGUAAGGAAGAACAAGAAUUUUCUGGCCAGUUACUAAAACAAGUGAUCGACUGGCAACAGGAAAUACCACUUAACGCUGAUUGCUCUGAAGAAGAUAAAGCCAAAAGGCAAAAGGUUAUAAGAACACUAGUAAAGUCAUUAUUGAGAUUUAAAGGUAUGGAAGACAAACAAAAAGAUGAAAUUAAAAAAGCUCUAGAUACAAUGCCAAUGUGGCGACCAGUUGACAGCAAUGAUCGUGAAAUGUUCAUAAAUAAUCUCAUAGAAAAUCUUAUAAUUCGUAUGUCGCUUUUAAAAGAUGGAGAUAAUAGUUUGAAAACAAUUGUCAAUGAUUGGAUUGAUAAAUUUUUCUUUAAACAAAAAACGCUCGAUAAAAGAGUUGUUAGAAAAGAUAAUAUUUUAAAUAAAUUCAUGGUGAAAAUUGCAACUUUGAAAAUAAAUGAGAAAUCAGAUAGAAACGAAUACAACGAGGCCGUACGGUCCCAAGUUACUGAUUUGUUUAAAAAACUGCUCGUUCCAAGUCCAGAUGUGAACUUUGUUAAUAAAGCAGCAGAUGAAUUAAUACAAGAAUUAAAUAAAGUGCUCAGCAAAAAAAGUGAUACACUGAACCGUAAAUACGGUACAAGUAAUGAAAUAACUAUACCAGAGAAAUCAAAAGCACUUUUGGAUGUGAAUGUAGAUAAGUUUAUGGGAAAUGGAAAUCAUGUACAUAAAAUGACUGCCCAAAACAGAGUUAAAGAUGACAUAAAAAAAAUUAUUGAACUUACUAAAACAAAUAAUUUGGAUCCAAGAACUGAAAGCUUACUAAUGGAAGCACUUAUAAUGAAAGUGAAAGCUUUGUCUUCAUCAAUCUGUUGUAAUUCAGACUUCAUUAGUGAUAAUUCAAAACAGAAUUCAAACAUGCAACAAAUUAUUGAAUCGAAAGUAAAACAAGUUGUAGAUCAGUUACCUUUAGCUAUUGCUCAUAAUAUGAAAAGUGUAUUGAAAGAUGAAAUUGCCGACGUCAUUUCCCAAAAAAUGGGUGUGGUUUUAAAUAUUUCAGAGUCUUCAAUUAAAUUACCCAAAUCAUUGAAAGAGGAAAUUCGAAAUUACGUAAAAGAACUAGUAGUUGGUGUACUUAAAGCGAAUGCAGGGGAUGUGAGUAACCAGAAGAAAUUCCAAAACGAUUUAACAAAUCUAAUUGCGGAUCAAAUAAUACGAGCUGAUGAUUCAAGCAACUUCAAAGAGAAAGCGUAUACUGUAUUAAGAGAAGCAAAUUUAUCUACGAAUGAAAUGGAAGAUGUUUACAAUUCACUAUUACGACGCACCAUUGAUAUGUCUUUGAGUUUUAAAAAUAAAAUGCAUCUGUCAUCGUCUUUACUAAGAGAUGAAACUGCCAAGAAACGGCAAGACCAAUUCAAUUCAAAACGAACUGAAAACGAAGUCGUCAGUUUCAUCAGUCAUAUCAGUAGUAAUUUAAAUUCAAACUUAAAAGAAAAGUUGAUGAUAUCCGCAAACCAAUUGGCGGAUAAAAUGGAAAAGAUAAUAACCGAUGUUAAAUAUUCUACCAAAGAAAAAGAAGAAAUGUUAUCCAAACUUGUUUUUAAUUUCUUUAGAAAUCACGGAUUGCCAAUAGAUGAUUCCUCCAGGCAUAGAAUUAAGAAAUGGAUUAAGCGAAUCUUAAACACUCCGCUAGGAGCAUCGACUCCAAAACAAAUGUUGAAUGAGAAUUACAAUUCCAGUCCAACGUUGUCGUCAGUACAACAGGAUGAUCAUCAUUUUAAAACAAUGUCUCAAGGCUCUCUUGUCCAAAUUUAUGAAAAUCCUUCAUUAAAUAUUAUAUCACACGAAGUAGUAAAAUGCAUCGAAAGGAUACCAUCAGGACGCAUGAUUUCCCACGAUAAGAAUUACCAUCGAAUAGUCGCCAAGGAAAUUGCACAACGAUUACGAGAAGCAGCCAAUCAAAGCUCAAAUCCUGAAACGUCACUUAAACAAACAGUAAUACGGUGGUUACCAAAACUAGUAAAGAAACCCAAUGAAACCGAACUAAUCUGGAUGACAUCUAUCUUAAAAAAAAUAAUGGAGGACAAAGAAUUAUCAGACUUUUCUACGCGUCCAGCAUAUCAACGUCAUUACACAGGUCAAGCACCGGGCACACCUGGGGCUGAAUACUCAAAUCAAUGUACCGAAGCAUUUAAAAAAGCCAUCAUGAGCUGGUUAAAAGAAACCUCUCUGUAUCAAAACCGAAAUAUCCACGAAAAACGAUUUCAAGAAAAUCUGGUAUCAGACCUUGCCCUUGAUUUAAAUCGAGUUAUAAGUGAUACUGAGAAAACUUUUAAUGACGACUCUAUACUUAAAGUAUUAGAAACAAAAAUAAAACAAUUCCCGAUGGAUGCUAAAGAGAAAUGUGAUAAGAAUUAUCAUAGAAGUUUGGCUUUAGAAGUUUUAAAAUAUUUAAAAGAUGCACAAUUAAUACCUAGCCACAAUAGUUCUUCAUUAGAUGAUGUAACCAGACAUGUACUGCGAUGGAUUGAGAAAAUACCACGAGACCGUAUAAUAUCACAAGAUGUAAAACAUCAAAAAGCUAUCGCAAAAGAAAUUGCUAAGCGAGUAUUAGAAACAAAAAAUCAAAAUCAGAAUCCAGAUUUGGCCCUCGAAUGCGAAGUACUCCGAUGGUUGCCUAAAAUUGUUAAAGAGCCCACAGAAACGGAACUACACGGUCUAAAAGGCAAUUUAAAAAAAAUCGUAAAUUAUGAUACGUCUAUUAAUAAUUUGCUUACAGAAACGAGUCAAUAUAUUGAUGCCUUAAAGUACGCGCUUAUGAAUUGGUUAAAGGGUUCCGAAAUGUAUCACAGACGUAACAAACAGGAAGAAAUUUGUCAAGAAACUGUAAUGGAAAAUCUCGCAGUAGAUUUAGAUCGUAUUAACAAUAAUUUACCACCAAAUCAAAAUAUUGAUUUUGAAAGAUACAUCUUAAAAACGAUAGGAUCACGACUGAAAGAAUUACCAUUGAACCCACGAGUUAAAAAUACAGACAAUUAUAAUUAUACAAUGGCGAUAGAUCUGUUGAAUUAUUUAAAAGAUCUGAAUAUGCUUCGAAGCAUAAGAAAAACUCCUGACGAAUCAAAAAAGAAUGUAGCCUUUUGGAUUGAGAGUUUGCCACUGAAGUGGACUAUCAGCACACACGACGCUAGAAAGACGGCUGAUAGGAUUUAUUCAAUAUUAUCUGAUUAUUUAGACAAUGAUUUUGGAUCUGCUAACACAAACAAACAUUUUAAAAAUGUCGUAAUUAAUGUGCUCAAAGACUUGCCCUUAAGGGAUGACUUCAAAAAUGAAGAGAAAUUAGAAAUAUUAGUUGAACAUUUGUUUAUAAUAUUAAAACAUAAUACAAAAGAAACAUACGGAACAAAUAAUUCUGUAAACGUCGCUUAUUCUGGUAAUAAUAGUACAAACUUAUUAGCAACAGAGUUAGCGAAUAAAUGUGCAUACAUUCCGAUUGAUUCGGCACAAGGUCCAGAUGAUGCAAGAAAAGUUAGGGAAGAACUCGUAUCUGGAUUAGUUAACAUAGUUAACAAAGAAAAUUUGAAUUAUGCUUGGAGAAAUGGAGACACAUUUUAUGAAACCAUCAUAAGAAACGAAGUUGGACAGUUGCUUAAUAAUUUAAAAGUAAAUGAACAUUGUAGAAGAAAUCUUCUUUCUUUUAAAAAUUAUCUAGUCGACAUUAUGAAGGACGUUUUUAGUAUGAAGCAAAAAGAAAAAUUUAUAACUAAUUAUAGACAACAGCUUUAUGAUAUUAUCGAGAAUACUUUACCAACGAAUACGACUUUAUCUUCAGAUCAACAGACUUCUUUUAAUGAUUUAAAAGAAAAAUUAGUCGAGGCUUUUGUUACAUUGUUUAAAACCACGGAUGUGAACACGGGUAGAUUCAAAAUGGUCCUUAAAAACGAAGUCAACAAAUUUUGCAAUGAUUAUUUACGAAGAUAUCCUGCAACACCUUUAGAUACAGAUAAAUUGUGUGAUAACCUAUUCAGCGUCUUACAAAACAUACGUAUACCGGAAAAAACACCAAAUUAUUCAGACGAAACCAAUUAUACAAAAAACAAAAUCAAAGACUACUUGGAGGAGCUGCCUUUAAAGGUUACCGAAGAAAAUAUAUUACUGAGGAAUCAUUUUGUGAAUCUAAUACAACAUUAUCUAGAAAAUCCACUAGAGAUCCAACAUACGAAUUUGAGGGACAAAAUAACAGAAAAACUUAAACAGUUUACAUUUUUAUCUGAACAUAAACCAAAUCUUCCAGAAAUUACUGAAAACAUACUCAAAAUAUUAUAUAACAAUGAUCAAAUGAAUAAAGCACAUAGACAAGCUUUACAACAAGUGUCGAGAACUUUACAUAGUACUAAUAUUCGAACAGUGGAAAAAUUAGACAAACAAACGAGUAAUAUAAACAAAGACGCAAAAGAAACGUUUACUUAUGAUGCACCUGUAGAAGAUGGAGAAAAUGUAAUUCGUGAUCAUUUCAAAGAAUCUUUCCGUGAGUACAUAAGAUAUCAACAAUUAAAUACGGGCAACAAAGAUGUACAAGUUAAUGGACCUCCAAAUGUCUUUGAAAACCAAAUAAAUGCAAGACCAGAUAUGAUUUCUGGAAAGAAUAGAAGUGAUUCUCCUUCGUGUUCGGAAUUUAAUUGUUGCCUUCCAAAAGAAACUGACAAUUGUUUAGAUACUCUCACAUGUCAAAAACAUAUUAAAACGAAGUGUGCACAAACUGAAAAAGCCUGUGACUUAUCUCCUCGUAUUAUAGUUAAAGAAUAUUACUGGGAUUCAAAUGAUAACGAAAUGGUAGGCUCACACCAAGAGUUGCAAGGUAUACAUAACGAGCUACGACGAACUGUGCCCUCGUUGCCGUUCAGUAAAGUCGAUUUGCCCGCUCCUCAUUGUAGAGCACGUAGACAAUUUUUAAAAAGUCCAUGUAUAUCUCAUAUCUCAAUGGCUGAGGCAAAUUUCCCAAUGAACCAAUCAGUAGAAGAAGAAAUUUGGGCGUCAAGAAAAUUACCCGUGACAAGAUAUAGACAAUCAAAUAUAAGUUUGGGAAGAAAUGUCGAUAGAGCUGAAAUUCUUGUCAAACCUAUUUCCGAAUCAAAGACAAAACGACAGAACUUUUGUAGCGAUCAAAAUGGAUAUAGUAUGUACGAGGAUGAGAGAAGACGGAGUAAUGAUUAUUGUUUGACUCCAGAGUUGACGGAACGUAGCAGCGUCACAAGACCACAUAUGAGUCCAGCUACAGAUGUAGGAUACUCUUUAGGACAGGACAGGGAUGACAAAAAGAAAUGCAAUUGUUACGGAUAUGUGCACCAAAAAAUUAUAGGCGGACCAUCGCCUGACUCGAGCGGAGUGGUAAGCCACCAUAGUCAAUGUCCUAGCAACAUAAAUAACUGCGUCAAGUGUCGAGGUGUAAUCUGUCAUCAUCCAAGUUAUAUUUACUUUAAUUAGAACGAUACGAAAUUUAAUUUACAUAAACAAAUAUGUUUGACUUGACACUGAAAUUUUCUCUAUGCUGGUUAUAAAAUAUCUUUUUUACUUAUUCAAAUAAAGUCUUAAAUAUUAA